AUGGUCAAAAGUUAUACCAUGACCACUAUUUCCCAAGCAGGUGGAGAUUCAUUGAUUAGAGGUGGUUCUGGUAUUAUGAACUCCAACGGACUUUGGAUCAACGCUUUAGUAUCCUCUACGAAUGUCCGACAAGAACAUGCAUCUGGCUCACGGGAUCAUUUGCAAAAUCAAGAUCAACACUUAGAAGGUGAUUUGCAAGAAAAUAAACUACAUAAUCAAAGAAUCAAAUUCCCUCUUAAAUCACUUGUAUUGGAGAACAAGGGAUCAGUUGCCAGAGAUCAUUUGGCCAACGAAAGAACGUUUCUUGCAUGGCUACGUACUUCACUUUCCUUUAUCACUAUCGGAGUUGGUAUCACUCAAUUGUUUCGUAUUGAAGCAGCUCGUUCAUCGAAUCUCACUCUCAAGGGACUGACAUUAUUCCUAUCAAACGAUUCUGACGAAGCUAUUAAUCAUUUUGGGAAACCCUUGGGAGUUACAUUUAUAAUUUUGGGCAUUUGUACAUUGAUUUAUGGGUCUUUAAAGUUCUUUAGAGUUCAAUGGUUUUUAACGCAGAAUAAGUAUCCUGUUUCUCGUAUUGGACUUGGUUUAUUGAUUGCUGCAGUGAUUGUAGCUGUAUUAAUUACCCUUUAUAUGGUUCUGCAAGCAGAUACAUGA